GUAGUUAUCUCCCAUAUCCAUUUCUUUCCCAUAAAGUACUUUACUCCGUCCCAAAUCCGGACGCGUGUGAUUACCAUGGUGACGAUGCAUCGUCUCCAACACUGUCACUCAAGCAUGAGCUGCCGCAUGGCCGACAUACCACCGAUUUGUGGGUGUGUCACUCACCCAAUGAGCUCAAACUCUGUCAGGAAUCGGAUAAUGUUGCUUACCCGAUUGGAUGGCCUCAUCGGCAAUCGCACUCUUGUAAGAAUCCGAUUUUUGGGCGACGCUAGACGGCUUAGCGGUUCAGGAGGAGGCUUUGAGAUCGAAACAGGGAAAGGAAAAAAACAGAGCAAAGGAUGAAGUUCAAGAACGAAUUCAAGAAACAAAUGGUGCUGGAAUGGGCGGACGCGUAUCUGGAUUACAAUGGCCUCAAACGAUUAUUACUCGAGAUUUCCUACGAGAAACAGAUUCAGAAAUCUAGGGCAUCAUCUGGGUACUCAAAGAAGAAGCCAGCAGUAGACAGAAAAUGCAGUGAGUUCAUCUCUCAACCAAGAAAAUCCCAUGUCGGGAAAGAUAUUGAGAACCAAAACCAAGAUAUUGAGAAAUCACAGCAACAUGAUUUCAGGAAGUCCCAAGAGAUAUCAGAGAUAGAGGUGAAAUUUUUUAAGAAACUUGAUGAAGAACUCAACAAGUUAAAUUCCUUUUACAAGGAAAGUGUAGAGGCUGUGACCAACGAAGCAAGUGUUCUAACGAAACAAAUGGAGACUUUGAUUGCGUUGCGUAGGAAGAUUCAAAAAGAGUCUAUUUGCAUUCCACAACUCGAUCAAGCUCACAAAGAAGUAAGUAGCAGCAAACAUUUAGAAGAAAUAACAAAGGAAAACAGCCAAAAUUCCCAAGAAAUUCUCAAGCAUGUGAAAGUCCUCGAUGAUUCGGGUACUGAUAAUGAUGAUCGAAGCAAGAUUGAAGAACAGUUGAAAAAAGCAUUUGCUGAGUUUUACCAGGAGCUUUAUUCGUUAAAGCAAUUCAGUUUUAUGAACCUGUCAGCAUUUGCGAGAAUCUUGAGAAAGUAUGAGAAGAUUUCAUCAAGUGCAGCAGGGAGGUCAUACAUGGAAAUUGUGGACAAUUCGUAUCUAGGAACUUCUGAUGAGGUUGCCGAUCUCAUGAAGAUGGUGGAAAUUACCUUCAUCAAGAACUUCUCAAACUCAAAUUACAAAGAAGGAAUAAAGCUUUUGAAGCCAAAAACUAAAAGAGAAAAACCCAUAGUGACAUUUUCUUCAGGCUUCCUAUUCGGUUGCACGGUGGCACUACUCGCCGCGUCGGUCUUGAAAAUUUUAUCUCAAAGAUUGCUGGAGAAGGAAGAUGGCACACAUUACAUGGAAAAUAUAUUUCCACUCUACAGUCUAUUUGGCUUCAUUGUCCUACAUGUGCUCAUGUAUGCAGCAGACUUGCACUUCUGGAGAUGUUGUGGAGUUAACUAUCCAUUUAUCUUUGGUUCCAAGAGAGGAACUAAAUUCGGUUGUCAACAAGUUUUCCUGCUCGGUGCUGGUCUCGCAGUAUUAGCAUCGGCCAGCUUCCUGGCUAGUUUAUACGUGGACCGAGACCCCAGUACUCGGAAGUAUCGAACAGAAGCUGAGAAGGUUCCUUUAGGCACAGCAGCUGUUGUUCUUCUCAUCGCCUUUUGCCCGUUCAACAUUCUAUACAAGUCGAUUCGUUUUUCCUUUAUACGGUGUUUUCUACGUUGUAUAUCCGCUCCUCUGUGCAAGGUUAAGUUUCCAGAUUAUUUCUUGGCGGAUCAGCUUACUAGUCAGGUGCAAGCUUCAAGAUGUAUAGUGCUGUAUAUUUGCUACUACGGUUUAGGAGAACACUCUAGGAAGCAAAACAAGUGCCACACGCAUGGCGUCUACAAUACGCUCUCCUUCGUUAUCGCUGUCAUACCAUUUUGGCUGCGAUUCUUACAGUGUGUUCGUCGAUUGCUCGAAGAAAAAGAAGCAAUGCAUGGCUACAACGCUCUGAAAUACCUCUCAACAAUCGUUGCAGUCCUGAUUAGAACUGCUUGUGAGUUAAGAAAGGGAGUUAGCUGGAUGGUGCUAGCUUUGAUUAGUUCUGCGGUUUCCAUGUUGAUCAAUACAUACUGGGACAUCGUUGUUGACUGGGGACUUCUGCGAAAACACUCAAAGAACAAGUACUUGAGAGACCGGCUAUUAGUUUCCAACAAGCGCGUCUAUUUUGCAGCCAUUAUAGUAAAUGUAGUGUUGAGAGUUGCUUGGAUUCAGCUGGUGUUAGCAUUCAACUUGCGAUCGUUUCAAAAACUUGCUGCGGUUACGUCGAUAUCGUGCUUGGAAAUCGUUCGCCGUGGCCUUUGGAACUUCUUCAGUUUGGAGAACGAGCAUCUGAACAACGUUAACAAGUAUCGCUCAUUCAAGUCUGUUCCACUUCCAUUCAGCUACUCCGACGAUGAAAAUGACAAGGAUGAUUGAAAGAGAAUUGAGGUUGGAGAGUUAUAUGUUCUUUAAAAGUUCUCGUAAUAUUAUUUUUUUCAAUAUUAAUGGUCGAGAUUCAAAUGGAUGAAAAUUAAUAGCGGGAGUGAUCGAGUUAGAUCGAACUAAUUUAAAAUUAUUGUAUUUUUUUUUUUGGUUAUGAUACCACUAGUUUUAUAACUUUAUUUUUUUUUAUUUAUUUUU